AUGGCUAUGCUUCUCGUCGAGAAAUGGACACCUUUGGAAGUCGGAGCAUGGGUGAAAGGCUUGGAGGACCCAGUAAGCCAUUACGCCAGUGUACUAAUAGAGAAGGGCAUCAAUGGCAAGCGGCUGUUCAUGUUGGAUCCGAGCGACUUCGAGUCCCUUGGGAUCUGGAAGAUCGGCCACCAAGAAACCAUUCUCGCCGCCAUCGACGUUUUGCGUCGCACUAACUUUUCUGCCGGCCGGGAAACAUUACAGAUGCUGUUUCUCGAACUGGGGACGAAAGCUAGGUCACUUGCGCGGGAACUCGAACUUCGACUAAGUUUUCAAACUGCGUCCGGUCCUCGAGCUGGUGACAAAAUUGCGACAGCUACCAUCGCGGCUGUUGAUGACAUCCUCACCUGUCUGAAAAGUGUUUUGUCUUGGUUGGACAAUCCUCCAUUCAACGAACUGCCGGUUUUGAGAGACAAAAUCAAACCGGGUUUCCUAAUAAUUGGCACUGAGCUGGCGACGACAGGGCAAAGAGAUUCUUUCGCGGAGGAGCCGGAACGAUUUAUUUGCAAGCUGUGUUCGCAGUUGUUCAAUACUUGCGAAGAUAUUGUGCAGAACUCUCGUGAGUCCUUGUUGAUUCAGCCAGCAAUGGUGGAAGUCGCGACCAUUCGAAAGCGAACUCCUCACGAUCCACAUUCCAAGUUGGGCAUUGUGAUCCAUUCUUCUCACGCUGGCCGUCAUUGCGUGGGAGAAAUUCGUCAGCAUUCCCCUGCAUUUUGCUGUCGUCUGCUAGAAGAGGGCAGCGAAAUCUUACAGGUCAACUACCAAACAAUUGUUGGUUGGCAAAAUGCGAAGGUUCGUGAAAUACUUGAAGUAGGCAUGCCGUCUACUGGUGGAAUGCUGGAAGUAGUGCUUACUUUGCGAAAGGCGCCUCGCCAUUCACAACUGUCGAUAACGUCGUCGAAUGGCGUCGGCCCGUGGCAGCACCGAUCUCCGCCUCCCCCUCCAGGAUCUUUCAAUCUUGAUGUUUCGUACGGAGCUCAGUUCUUGACAAAUCGGUGCAAUUAUCGAACUGAGCCCAGAAGAAGAGUCAGAAAAGACGAGGUGUCCAGUGUCGGUGCGAUUCCGGAUCGAGCUACUCCACAAGCUGCUCCUAAAGCAGCGCGGACAAGUUCAAACGCCUCAGUAGCUCGUAAAGGCGACACUUCGAAAGAAAACACGCAUCCGGUUACGUCACCGUCGGCCCCGCCGCCACGGGCAUCCCCGGAAGUUUACGAAGAUGAACAAACAACCAGUGACGAAAACACAGUCGCAGAGAACGUGGCGGUCAAUGGCUAUGUCGAACCGAACCCGUUGCGAGCUAAACAACAGUCCGUUCUGACGCGUCGCGCUACUGUGAUUGGGUUGCCUGAGAAAGCUGUCGUGGUGAUCCAAGAGACGUCUGGAGAAAGCAGUGCUGUCAAGAGAACUGGAAGAACGUCGAGUGAGCCGCCUCCUCCUCCGCCGCCGCCACUGCCGCCGAAAAGCGCACGAGUGGCGGCGGAGAGCAAGAAAAAUCAUACGGAAAUCGGUCGUCGUCGUGCAGCAGAAGACAAGGAGAACGACAACGCGGCUCGACCAAAGCCAUUGCCACGCACGAAACGCCCAGUGCCGGCUGAAAGAACAACAGUUCCGACUCGUCGAAGUUCUGAACGCCGUCCGAAAGCGCCGCCUCUUUGUGAAACGGGUCGGAAAAUGCGUUCAGAAGACGGAUCCGUGCCGCCGCCGUUGCCGAGGCGGGCGUCCAUAUCGCUUUCUGGGUCGCCCAGUGCCAGCUCAGAUAAAAUUCAUCGUCGAUCUGGACGUUACCUGUCCGGGGAUGAUCACUAUCGAGAUGGUUCAGCAGAAAAAUUGUGGCAGGAAUCUUUGCGGAAUUCGGAUUACCAGAAUCAGCCACGAAGCUUAACGGGAUCGACAACAGGACUUCAUGCAGAACCAGAACGCCCCAUGAGUGCGACGAAUAGACAGUAUUUUUAUCAGCACGCGACACGUGCUAUGUCUCACGGAAUGGGGUUGCAUCAUCACAGCACAGGGGAUCAUGUUACCCCGUCGAUUGGAACAUUGACAAGAGGCGGGUCCAUGAAGACGGAAUCUAGAAAGAGUCGGGCAUCGUCGGAGCCAGUUGGUCCUUCACCUCGGGGCAGUUUGAAGAGAACUGCUCUUUAUCAACCACCGCCGAUCCGAGGAUUUCCAGGGUCACCCAUGAGGCCUGCUUUUGAAAUGAGUUUGGAUGGUUCACGUAAUGCACCGCAGCGGAGUGCGUCUGCGAAACCAGCGAAAAAGACUGUGCAAGAUUCUCCUCGACGACGGGGCUCGAAAUCUGGAGUGGAAAGAGGCGAUGAGCUGAAGAACUUUGGUCGGCAUGAGUAUUCUCUGCGCCCGCAAUUACCGCCACCGCGGUCCUCUCAAGGACAUGAAUUGGACACGUCUGCGUCGACUCGGUUUGAAGGCUCGCCAUCGGUAAUUAUUCCUCCAUCACCCUUGCGAAGACCUUUGUCUCCAGCAGCGAUGCUCUUCUCUGAGCCGUCAACGAAGAUUUGAGGAUGAUACUUGUACGACCAAAAGGUUCUGCAAUUUUGAAGGUUCGGGGAUGUGCUAAUUCGAUCAUCGGUUGUUAAUUUAACUCUGAAACAUUUUAUGCCAUUUCAAACCGGUCCCGUAUAGAACUUCUUCGUUUACAUGAUUACAAAGGAUUGAUCUAGUCCGCCUGAAGCAAUCGACAGUUUCAGUAUUCGCAGAAACCAAAAAUUUCGGGCACACACUUCGUGUUCAAGGAAAAGCGUUCUGUAAAGUUUUCUGAACAUGUAUUCUCUGUCGUUAAGCUGUUGUAUCUAGUUUAUCUUUUUGGAAAUGCAAUGUUGUGAGAUAAUUCUAUAAUUUUUAUCUGCAAUCGUCGCAUUUUCUUGGUUGAAAUUAUGUGUAGUUGAAUCACCUCAAAUGUCUUGGUGAGGAGGAAACAGCCGCUUCUGGAAUUAAUUCAUCCCCGGAGUCUCAAAAAGCACUGGUUAAGUAGUUCUAGUCUUUUGUACGUUUUUCAACGCUCACAUUUUUUUAGACACAUCGGUGCUGAGAUUCGAAUUCGUAUUGGAAGUGGGGUUUUGUACGAAGAGGGAGGUGGAGUUUUUUUUUUUUUAAGGGAAUGAGAGUAUUAAUUAUUGGAGGGUUGUUGUGUGGGCAUGAUCGAUUUUAAUGUGUUUUUCUUGUCUCAUAGCCACAAAUUCACGAAAAGCUGUUGUUUUUCACAGAAAGCUGUAAAUUCCCUCUUUUUUCUCUUUUUUUUUCCACAUCAGCUCCGAUACAUUUCUGGGUACAGAAGUGCUGAAAAUUUGUUUUUUUGAAAACUUAUUAUUUCGAUGAUUAAAGAGUUCAUGUGCCAAUAGGCCCUGUAGAAUUUUUCGUGGCGAAGCAGAAAUAUACCUUUUUCCUCUUGCCAUUUUUGGAAGAGUUACCUCGCGUCAGCUGCGCAUUUGUCCUUGAUUUUGUUAGGCUUUGUGACAACGUAUUCCUGAAUCUGGGCGCGUUGCCAAUUAUUUUUCAUCUUUAAAUUUUUUUCUUGAUGUGUGUUUCACAAAUCAGUUUUUCUGUCUACCGGAAAACAAGCGACAAUUUCUUUCGAUCUCCGUCCCUGUUUCUUGGUGGAGAAAGUGAGCCCUUUUUUUUCAAGUCAAAUUUCUGAAAUGAGUCGAGGAAAAGGCUUGUUUUUCUGCUGGUUGAAGUGAAAGAUGAGCUAUUUGAAUCGUUGCGAAGGUCAGAAGUUCCAUUUGUGCUCAAAGGUAAGAAGUGGUUCCGGGAGAUUGUGCACCACCUGACGAGGUCUUUCGCUUGUUGUCUUUUUCGUAACGAAUGGACAUUUCUCUUCAAAAAAUAGCUUUUCUUCAUGUCUAGGAUUCCCUGAUAGGAUGUUUGUUGAUAGGUGCACGAUAUUAGUCCAUUUUUUAUUGUACAACACCCAUUGAUUGUUCUAGAAUUUUUGAGAUUUUAUGAGCGGGGUAUUUAACGUUCGUAGUUCCUCACGGAUAUUUUAUGAAACCCGAGUUUUCGAGAUUGGAGUUACGUACGCGGUCCUCCGACGUCUUGGUUGUGGAAGUGAUAGAACUUAUGAAUUCUACUGCGUAUGUGGCACCCCAUUGCGCAUGUUCAGCACAAUAAUUUUUCUGUUCGAUCGAUAGAUCGUUUCUACAACAUUGAGGUGGUUCCUCUUGUGUGUCGAUUAUUCACGCGCUCCGUGUUCCUCUUUGAAUGAAGAGCUGGGAUGAGUGAGAAUAGUGUAUUAGUUGAACUUCAGGUAGCAGGAGCUCACGUUUGGAAAUUAGAGGAAAUGUGAUCGUUGUUGUGGGAGAAAGCGUAUCUUCGUUGCCAUCUCCUCUCUUCUGAAGCGUUCGCAAUUUUUCGGGAAGUGUUCAAAAGUAUUGGAAAACAGACCAUUUUUCACGGGUUUGUCAAAA